AUGGCUCCUACAAUCACCUCUACAGCAGACCACCCAAAGGACUACAUGAGUCUUUCCCACAAGAUAAGAAAACCAAUUGUGGAGAAGUUGCGCAGAGAUCGUAUCAACAACUGCAUUGAGGAACUGAAGGCUCUCCUGGGUCCACAGCUCCUGAACCAGCAGCCUGAGUCUAAGCUGGAGAAAGCCGACAUCCUGGAGAUGACCGUUUGCCUCCUGAGACGACAUCUCCAGCAAAAGAAAGCCCCAUCUGCGGCCAGCCAAGGUUACUCAAGGUGUGCUGAAGAGACCAUUCACUUCCUAUCUAAGGACUCUUUCAAGACACAGUCACAUGCAAACCUGCUGACCCAGUUCAAGACAUCCCUGCAGCCUCCCAGCGAUGAGUGGAGCAGAGAGGAUAUGGUUCCCUGUCAGUUGAGUUCUAAUGCUCUGGGGAAGGACGAGAAAGAGAAACCACCCAAGGGCACUCCCUGGAGGUCGUGGUAG